GUGCAGGCCUUCCUGAGCCAGCACCCGAGCCUGCGCCUGCUCCCUGGCGCCAACAGGGUGCGCUGCUCCCUGACGGGCCACGAGCUGCCCUGCCGCCUGCCCGAGCUGCAGCUCUACACUCGCGGCAAGAAGUUCCAGCGGCUGGCGCGCGCCUCCCCGGCCUUCGACUACGCCGAGUUCGAGCCACACAUCGUGCCCAGCACCAAGCACCCGCACCAGUUGUUCUGCAAACUCACCCUGCGGCACAUCAACAAGUCCCCAGAGCACGUGCUGAGGCACACUCAGGGACGGCGGUACCAGAAAGCCCUGCAGAGAUAUGAGGAGUGUCGGAAGCAAGGGAUGGAGUUCGUUCCUGCCUGUCUGCUGCACAAGCGGAGGAGGAGGGAAGACCAGAGGGACUUGGACAGGCCGCUGGGCCCGAGAGACGCCUUCUGGCAGCCAGAAUCCAGUGACGAGGAGGCAGCCUCCAGUGACGACAGCAUGACAGACCUGUACCCACCCGAGCUGUUCACCAAAAAGGACGCAGGACCUGAGAGCGGGGGUGACACCAGUGACUUUCUGACAGACCAGGAGGACGAGGCAAGGUCUCCAGGAGGGCAGAGCCCCAAGGACAGGAAGAUACAAGUGGCCAGCGAAAAGAUCUGCAAGCGCAAGAAGGGGCAGCGGGGCUCGCUGGCCAAGAAGCUCAAGAGCCGGCACUGCAGGCCUGCCAGCUUGGGCUCCUUCCAGCAGGCGGGUUAGAAGGCGUGUGUCUGAAGUUUGUUGUCCUGAGGCAGCACAGGGUGGCCUGCUCUGCACCCUGGGAGCAGCAGAUGGAGAGGAGGCGCCCUUGGUCCCCAGGGCUUGAGCAAGGCCCAGCCAAGCAGCUGGCCGCAGCACCCCAGGCUGGACACCCAGUGGGAUCAUGCUGCAUACACAAAUGUCAUUAUUUAUUUUGAUGUUUAAAAAAAAAAACGUUUUCAAACACAACUAAGAUAUAAAAUACAGCAUAAAAAUGAGAUUUGUACCUAUUCCCACAUAAAGCAAAAAGCAUUUUUAGAAACUUCUGCCAAAACCAAUGGAUAGAUCCAGCCCCCAGGUCCAGACAAAGCCAGCCUUGCAGCUGCAUUCGGCACCAGGGCAGCCGCCUGCAACCCAACCCCCAGGCCCCCAAGAAACUGCUGGCUCAGCGUUGGCACAUGGGAGUGUCACCACAUUUGCGGGGCGGCGGCAGAGGUGCCCUGCGUGUCCAAGAACCACGAGGGAUGGGCCUGUGGCCCGAUGCCACUGCGGGAUCUGGCGCUUGGGAGGGUUUGUGCCAAUCAGAAGGAAAUAUCGAGGGACAAGUAUCAACUACUGCAGGGGCCACGACUGUCCCCUCAGGGCGACUAGCCCAGGGUUGGCCCAUGGUGGCCCUGGGGAGGUACCAUGGCUGCAAACACAAACAUGGGGUUAGCAGCCACAGUCCCCCAGCGCUGUGGGUCUGGUUGGUCUCCCAAGAGGCCUGGGAAGUCCUUCAGAGAGGCCCCCACCAUGCUGGCACCUGUUACCAUGCAGAUGGGCAGAGCCAUGGCAUCAGACCCUCCCCCUAAAAAGAGGACAC